AUGAACGAUUAGUUGAAUGAUUGGGAUUUUUGCAAUCCAAACAAUUUUGUUGAUAAAUUACCUGAGCCCUUUAGAUUCAUUAAUAAAAUCAUCUAAAAGGAUAUUCUUUUGGAAGUAUAUUCGAAGGUGUUCUUAAUUGAAAAAUACAGGUCGGAUCCAAAUUAUGAAGGUCCCUUGAGAACAUUGCCUCCUUAGGGUAUUUUUGACAUUUCGAAUAUUACAUCUAUAAGCUCAAAUAGCUCGAAUUUACAAAUUGCAGCAGGAGAUUUACAAGGAAACAUUUUUAUAUUAGACAUGAGUAAGAAAACGAAAAUUUGUAAAAAAGAGGUCAGCCCAAAAAGAAUAAAUAAAGUUUGCUUAGGAAUUAGAGAUGGAGCGAAUGAUGAAUAAAAAAAUAUUUGCAUAAUCGGAGUAAUAAGUCACUUAGAUCCAGUAGUACAAAUAUUCAAAUAUAAACCAGGAGAGAACAAAAUCAGCUAAAUCCAUUUUAUAUAAGUCACUAAAAAUGCAACUGGUAUUGGUGAGCUUCCUAUGGAUAUAGAAAUCAGCAAGUAUUCGCAAUAUAUAUUAAUAACUUAAUAUAAUGGUAAUGUGGUUAUUUAUAAAAUACCUGAAUUAAAGGUGGAAUCAUAACAGCCAACAUAGGCAACAUCAUAGUAGAAUUAGAAUACUCUAUUGCCUCCGCUGUAAAAUUAAAAGUAACAGGCUACAAAAGAAUAGUUGAAACAAUAAAUCCCAUUAAAUCCAUAAACUGAUGUUGCAGUAACUGAAAUUACUGAGCUAUUUUAUCAGAUUAAAUUUUAAGGAUUAAAGAAAGAAUAAAAAUUUAAUGAAAUCAUAAAUUCAUUUAAAGAAUAAAAUCUCCCAAAAGAAGUUGAAGUGAAAGAAGAUAAAAAAAAAUAAUAACCUAAUGCUUAACCAUAAAAGAAAUAGGAAGUAAUUCAAUAAGUAAAAGAAGAAUCAGGUUUAGAAGAAAAUAAUAACCAACUAAUAAUUAAGCAUCAGAUUAAAGAUGGUUAUGAUAUAAGUGAGGAAUAUCCCAUAUAAAAAUUUAAGCCAUAUUUUGCUUUUAUACAUGAGACAGUUAACGUUUAAAACGGAUAAAAGGCCUUUGACAAGUUUAAAUAAUUUGAAGUUGUUGUUGGUAUAGUAGUUGGAUGGUCAAACACAACAAAAUUAGAACUUCAUUACUUUAAUUAACCAAAGAGAAAUAAUUUACCAUAAUAUCUUAUCGCAUAGUUUACUUAAGAAUAAGAAAUGAAAUUUCAAUUACCAAUAAUUAAUAAAAAAAAUGAAACCCGAUUAAUUGAAAUUCCAUUGAUAUACCCACUAUCUUGUUUAGCCGUCUCUAAAAAUUUUUCGUUGUUAGGCUUAGGAUUAUAGUAAGGGUCAAUUCUAAUAUAUGAUUUGGUUUUCUAAUAGGAAAGAUUUUAUCUUGAUAAACAUUAAACUAUUGUAAGCCAUAUAGAAUUUUGUGAGAAUGAGAGAAUAGUUAGCUGUUCUUAUGAUGGGAGCAUCCAUAUUUAUAAUACGAUUGAAGGGAUUACGUUGUGCAAAAGAACAAAUUAAUUCCGCAAAGGAACAAAAAUAAACUAUGAUGAAUAAAAGCAAGGAUUAUGGAGAAUAAUGUCAUUAGCCGUAAGCAGUUCAGGAAUAGCAGUUGUAUAAGAUGCUGAGUCAGAAGUAAGAUUGUAUGAUGUCUGGAGAGGCGAGAAAAUUGCCAAAUUAUCUCCUGUCUAGGUUAUGGAUGAUUAAAAGAGAAAGUGGAGUGACUAAAAGGUUAUUAUCAAAUGUUUCAGAAAUGAAAUUUUGGUUUCGGCUUAGGUUUUUACACAAGAACAACAACAAAACUCAUCAGAUCAAAUAUUAACAACUGUGUAGAUCUUUAAGAUUUUUGAUAGUUUAGUAAAUUUAUUUCCAUCAUUAUCAAAUGUAUACAGAAAAGGAGUAGAAAAAGAAAAAAUUUUAAAUUUGUUUGAAAAAAUUCCCAAAUAAGAAUUAUGGAAUGCUCAAUUUGAAGUUCCAAAUUUAAGUGUUUCUCAUCAAAAUGUAGCAUUGAAAGUUCCAGGUCAAGAUUCGAAGACCUAAAAAGGAUCUUAAAUCUUGCAUAAUCAGAGCUAGUACAGUUAGCCAAAAUUAAAUUAAAGUAAAACUUCGCAGCAAAAGUUGAAAGAUGGUGUUAAAGAAUCUCAAGUUGUGAGUUAAUAACAAGAUAUUUAUGAAAAUAGAUCUGCCUCUUUAGUAGGAUCUCUACAUAAAUCGGUUCAUUCUGAUAAAUUUGAUUAUAAUUCCUCUUUCAGAAGCACAAACUCUCCCUAAAAUAAUUUAAAUUUGCACAAAACUCAAAAGGGUAAUUAGUCAUAAAUAGGUCUUACAAAGGAGAUGCUUCAUCCUGAAGAACAUCUGUUAGAAAAGUCUGAAUAACAACCUGCUUAAUUGAUAUUUGAGAACUCUUCUAUGGUCGAGCAUUGUAGAUUGAGGAAUUCUGAAAAAUAACUGAGAUCUGAGAAGGUCUCAUAAUCCCUUUUAAAGUUGGGCUAAAGAUUAGCCAUUGAAGAUGAAAAAAUGAAACUUCAGAUUAGAUACAGAUAGCUUUAAAAAGUCAAGUGA